GGAGCUCGCGGAGGCGCGGCAGGGACCGGUGUGCGGUCGCACGGCCGCGGUGGCAGCCCUAAUUCCCUCCAGCUGCGGCUCUGAGUUCCGGGUCCCCGGCUCCUAGACGCCUCGCCCCGCGCGUUUCACUCCCUGUAUGGAUUCACUGCAGACUGGACAGAUGCUGAGCUUGCCCUCCGAGCUCGGCAGUAACAACUUAGAGCUGGCGCAGCCGUCGGCACCAGUGACCCGUGUAGAUACGGGCUCCCAUCCGGAGGCGAAAGGCUCCGAACCUCUACCGACUCAGGAGCCGGGGCGAGAGCAGCCUCCUACCGCCUCGACGCCGGAGUGCAAAGUCCUGCUCUCACAGGCCGAUGCCCUGGCGUCUGGGGGGCGCCUCCGGGAAGCUCUCGAGGUGUACAGACAGCUGUCGGAACGUCAGCAGCUGGUGGCCCAACAACUGGAGCAGCUGGUGCGCUGCUUGGCGGAGAACAUCCCGCAAGGAGAAGCGCUGGCUCCGGUGCCCGAGGACCGGAGCAGCGCGGCAAGCUGCGUGGUGGUGUCGGACGAGGAAGGGGUGGCAACGGCUGCUGAAGCCACCGAGGUGUGGGACGGCUUCAAGUGCCGGAAGUGCCAUGGAUUUCUAUCAGACCCCGUGUCCUUGUCGUGCGGCCACACCUUUUGUAAACUGUGCCUGGAACGCGGGCGGGCAGCCGACCGGCGCUGUGCGUUGUGCGGCGUCAAGCUGUCGGCGUUGAUGGUGGCCACCGGGCGGGCUCGCGGAGCCCGGCGGGCUGGUCAGCAGGCACCGCCGCCGCUGCGGGUCAACGUGGUGCUCAGCGGUCUCCUCGGCAAGUUGUUCCCUGGUCCGGCACGGGCGUCGCAACUCCGGCACGAGGGCAACCGACUGUACCGCGAGCGCCAGGUUGAAGCGGCACUGCUCAAGUACAACGAGGCAGUCAGACUAGCUCCGAAUGACCACUUGCUUUAUAGCAACCGGUCUCAAAUUUAUUUCACCUUGGAGUCUCAUGAGGACGCACUGCAUGAUGCAGAAAUAGCAUGUAAGCUCCGCCCAAUGGGUUUUAAGGCACACUUCAGGAAAGCGCAAGCCUUAGCCACCCUAGGCAAGGUGGAGGAAGCACUAAGAGAAUUUCUAUACUGUGUGUCCCUGGAUGGAAAGAACAAAAGAGCAAGAUCUGAAGCCCAAAGGGAAAAUAUGGAGCUCCCACAUUGUUCCAGUAAGGAGGAUGCAGCAGCCAGUGGGGACCAUAAAAGCCUGAUGAACCCAGUGAAAGUAAAGGAGGAUGGGCAGCGAGGUGACAUGAAACACCAGGAAGGAGAAGAGGAGGAGAAGGGGGACUCUGCCUCUCUAGAAGCUGCCUGCAUCAAGACUGGCAAAUGCCAGGAAAAGAAAAGGAAACAUUGUCAGAUUGAACCCCAAGACACAGGGGUGCCUAAUAAAGCCUCUAAGCCAGAUCCUCCCAUCAAUAUGGAGGCCAAACCUGCUCUUAGUGUUCCCCUGGUAUCUUUUGACGCAUCUGACCUUGAAUGCUCCCUAUGUAUGAGAUUAUUCUAUGAGCCAGUCACAACACCUUGUGGACACACAUUUUGCUUAAAAUGCCUUGAAAGAUGCCUAGAUCACAAUGCGAAGUGUCCACUGUGCAAAGAUGGUCUUUCACAGUGUUUGGCAUCAAGAAAAUAUAGCAAAAAUAUUAUAAUGGAAGAGCUAAUAGCUAAAUUCCUUCCAGAAGAACUCAAGGAACGAAGGAGGCUUUAUGAAGAGGAAAUGGAAGAACUUUCUAACUUAAAUAAGAAUGUGCCUAUUUUCGUGUGCACUAUGGCCUAUCCCACUGUUCCUUGCCCCCUGCACAUCUUUGAGCCUUGUUACCGGCUGAUGAUUCGUAGAUGCAUUGAGACAGGCACAAGACAGUUCGGCAUGUGCCUUGGAGAUCCCAUCAAAGGGUUUGCAGAAUAUGGCUGCAUCCUAGAGAUCAGAAAUGUUCAAUUCUUUGCUGAUGGCCGUUCAGUGGUUGACAGCAUAGGCAAGAGGCGCUUCAAGGUCCUCCAUCAGGGUCAGAGGGAUGGCUACAACACAGCUGACAUUGAAUACAUUGAAGACCAAAAGGUUCAAGGAGAGGAUUGUGCUGAACUCAUGGGAUUACAUAAUUGUGUCUAUGAGCAAGCAUCAUCUUGGUUUCAUUCGCUUAAAUCAUCUCUGAAGAAUCGGAUACUCAAUCACUUUGGUCCAAUGCCGGAGAAAGAUGCAGAUCCCCAGAUUAAUCCAAAUGGUCCAGCCUGGUGCUGGUGGACAUUAGCAGUUCUUCCAUUGGAAAGCCGAGCUCAGCUCCCAUUCCUAGCAAUGAGGUCCUUAAAGGAUAGAUUGAAUGGUAUUCGGCGUAUCCUGGCCUUUAUAUCUCGAAACCAAAACUAGUCAGAGUGGAUUGCUGAAGAGAAACUUCCACCCUCCCCACUGCCUUGGGGAGUUGUCUUGUAAAUACAUCUAAUUGCAAUAACAUCUUAACAGAAGGAAGUAUCAAACAAAGGCAUUACCCUGCUGCUGAUUACAGAGAGAAAUUGAGAGAAAGACCAAAGAAUGUGACCUGUUAGAAACUUUUUGUCUUAAGAUACUUCUUGACAUGCUGCACAACUACACACACAGCAGGGAUGUUCAAGAGCCCAGAAAAAAUACUGCUUUUAACAUAGAAUUUUCUAAAAGUUUAAAGUGGUUUUGCUUUCAUUUUCUUUCCUUCAUUGGUGAAUGACUGUGUGAUUGAAAUGUGAAGCAGAGAUACUAAUAAUGUUGCUACAUUAUUUCAUUGGCUUGUGGUCCUAUUCUAAAUGGUUUAAUUUGAUAAAGCAUUGUAUAUUUAUACUUCUUUCUGUUUUACUAAUUUAUUUUUUGCACUACUGUAUCCUUUUUUCUACAUGUAUGUUUGUAACUAUUUAAGUGUACAUUACUGAAGUCAGUUGCUUUAUUUAUUGAUGUAGUUUGCCAUGUAACUAGGGGGAAGUAACAAAACUACAAAUGUGCCAUUUUUGCUUUAAUCAUUUCUUACUAUGUUUGAUCCCAGUUCUUGAACCAUUUUUGUAUCUCUCUGAUUGGAUGCUUAAAGGAAGUUCAAAAUUAUGCUAAAUCAUCUUUCUUCACAGACUCCAUUUAUUCACUUUGAAUUCAACAACAUAAAAUACUGAAGGGAUUUGGAAUAGACUGUAAAGUAAACCAGGAUAAAGUAAAAUAAUCCAUUUUCCAUGUGUUAUACAGAGCAGGGCUGAAGGAGUUAUUUUUCUGGAACAAAGCAAUGAAUCAGAGGAGUGUCCUUUAUUACAGUCUAUUAUAGACAUUUAUCUCAGCAAUCUAAUUCUAAGUGUUUCUAAUUUCUCCCCAGUUCAGUUAGGAAUGGGAUUUUUAAGCAAGAUAAUAUUUAACCCUUCCGAGGGAAUGGUUUUCAGAUUGGCACAUCACAGUUAUGUCCGAAUGGCUUCCAUACCCCACCUCUUCUCAGGGCUCUGAGGAUCACAGCAUGGCUAGCAUGUGUAGAAACACUUGAUGAAGAACUAUUCAUUAUGAAAAGUGUAAAAAAAGUUGUAGAAAAGGUAGAAUGCUUUAAAGAAAACAAACUAUCACUUUGGUUUUUAUAAUCUUUUUAAAAGAACCAGAAAGUUAAUCCAUUAUUUUAUCUAACUACUGCCUUUCCUCCUAGGUGCAGUGGGUCAAAAAUUUCGAUAUAGAGGAGGAAUGGUAGAUAAGGAGUGAACCCUGUUUUAUCUUGCUUAAAAUUAGUGUGAUUCCUUUAGUUCCAGGCAAACCUGAAAAAUAGCAUGAGUAUGGGAGUGUUAUAAUGACAGAGUGAAAAGGUUAGGACAGGGAAGAAGUGAAUUCUGUGUGCCAUUAAUACCUUUGCACAAAAGACCCCCCCCCACACUGCUCCAUGAUUAUGGAUGGCUGCAGUGUGCUAUUUACUUGAGGCCUGUACACUCUGUUAAGGUAAAAGGUUAAUGCCUCAAAUAAUGACUCUGACUUCUUCCAUCACCACUUGUGGCCAGAAGCAGAAACGCAGAAUGAGAUGAUCUGCAUUUUCUUAAUGGACGUUAUGCUGUCAGAGAAUCACAUUACCAGGUUUGCUGUUUGGAACCAGACUGGGCUGGUGAGGAAUGGCAGGAUAGACAUGGUUACUGUCCAAGCAAACUCUACAAGACUCUGGGAGCAUGAAAUUACAGGCUCCCACUCUGACUUGGUGUACAACCAUGUGGUCAUAACACAGUCCUACUUUAAUAGUUUCCUGUUAUCUAGUAUAAAUGCACCCCCCCCCAAAGGGUCGUAAGCGUUUCUGCUUACUAGAUGUGUUACUUUUGUAAUUUAACUUUUUUCUGAGCCCCAGUCUCCUCAUUUGGCAAAUAGUAAUGAUAAAUACCACAUACAAGGUUGUUAUGAACAUUAAAUGAGAUAAGAUAUGCAGAUCACUUAGUGUAGUACCUAGUUUAGAGAAAACAUUCAAAAUAAUACCUGUGAUUAGAUUAUUCAUUGUUAUAGAAUAUCACCAGGGGCCUACAUUUGCAUAAAAUGCUGCCUUUAUACACAAUACCUAUUCUAACUCCUUUAAACUCAGUUGGGAGAAUCCACACCACUGAGUUUUAGACCAUAACUUCAUGCUUUACAGAUAAUUCCUUUUGGAGUCAAGUCUCUUAGGGCAAGUGAAAAGACUGGAAAACAAAUAAUGGUGAGAGAGCAGGGAGAAUUCUGUGUUAGCAAUUUUUUCUUAUUUCUAUAGGGCUGAAAAGUAGUAUUGUUUGGAAAUCUGAAGUUUCUGAUAAAAUGGAAGCUUUAAGUUCUAGCUUUGUUAGAAUAACCAACUCCUCACUCCCUGUUCUCCAAAAUGUAUUGAAAAUCUAGGCCAUGCUACGGUGAGCAAAUUUUACAAUCUAUGACUUUUGUGCUUAGUUCAUGGUAUUUCCUCAUGCUCCUCGAACAAAAAUGUAUUGUGAACUUACUACAUACCAGGUACUGAGCCAGAUGACUUCACAUAUGUGAGUCUGUUAAAUAAUUUUAUUUCUUACAUCCACCCUGUGAGAUCACUUAUCAUCCCCCUAUUAUUGGAUGAGAAAGCUGAGGCUCUGCAAUGUUAAAUUCUUUACCUAAGUAACACAGUCAGCCAGUAAGUAGGCAGGCUUGUUUUUGAACCCAUUAUUUUGCAAAUUUUUAACAUUUUAAAUAUAUUGUAUUGUACAUAAUUUUAUUAAAUAGGCAUGACAAAUCACAAAAGCACCCCAGAAACUCACAAUGGGAAGUUGCAGGUUAAGUAAAAUUAAAUUACCUAUCACAUCUCUACUCAAUCUAGGUAGAAAGGGAAGCUUGAUUUUUUAAAGUAAAAUUCCAUAUCAUAGAAUGCUUCCUGUUAACUGAGUACUUAAUUCCAGCAAAUUGAGAUCUUGGCAAGGCAGAGUUGCACUUGGCUCUCAGUAGCCUAGAUACACAUUUGGGUGGGUUUGCAGCGAGCUUUUGUUUUAGUAGUGGUGGGAGGCAGGGUGCAAGACUAAGCCUUGGUUUUCUUUGGGAUGUCCUUGAAUGGGGUAAUUAGUUAGACAUGACCAUUUUCACCUCUCUUGAUUUUGCAGCAAAGCUUAGAAAUGAAGAGUAUACAGAGAAAAGACAUAAAGCUGAAUCUAAGCCUGAAGGACAAGACUUCUCCUUGGUAGACAGUACCAUAAUAAAUGGCUAGUUUUCCUGUCUAUCAGAACUCAAUCUUUUCCUAGUAGAUUAUUUUUUGUGAGUAUGUGUUUGUGUGCACCUGUGUGUGUGUGUGUGUAUAUGGUAACAAGGAGACAUUAUGCCUUUCUGCCUUGUACUGUACUACUGCUGCUAGCUAACCAGCAAAAUGAAAAAUGAUAAAAUGAAUUUUCUGUAGACAACUUAGAGAAAAAGAUCUUGCCCCUGACUUGGCGAAGGAGCAGGGAACUGAUUAUUUUAAUAAUUUGCCUUUUCUGAAGACUGACUGCUAAUCAAGUCACUGCCUAUGGGGCACUUCCAGCUCUGCCUGUGGAGCUUGCCUCAGCUCAGAUAAUCCCCUGUGACCAGCCAUGGGGGCAGUGGAGCUCCUGAGUUCACAGACCCCAGAGGUCUGUUACUAUCAACACAUUGCAUACUGUUGAUGGAUUGCAACCUUACUGGGCACUGUUUCCCUCAUGCCAACUCCAUUUCCAAGAUGGAAUUUUAUUCAGGGACAUAUUCCUUGAGUUCCUGACAUGUAGACUUUGUAUCCAUUUACAUUUACCAAGGCAGAAUCAUAGCAGAGGUGUGUAAUAAAGAUGCAAAUGAAAGCAGGUAAAAUAGUGGAAAAAUGACAGAUUUUUGAGCCCAUUCUUGAACUUGUGGAUUGAGGUUUUGAUUUAUGACCAAAGACAAUUCUGAAAAGCAGUCAGCUGCAUGGGCUGCAAUUUGUGGUCCCUCGUGACUGCAGAGAGGAAGAAGGAAAAGGAGCCAUGUAAAAUGUAUGUGUUCACCCUGGCUGGUGUAGCUCAGUUGGUUGGAACAUUGUCCCAUAGCCCAAAGGUUUCCAGCUUGAUUCAUGGUUAGGGCACAUACCUAAGCUGUGGGUUCAUUCCCCGGUCCAAGCACAUACCAACUCUGGUGUGGGUGUGUGUGGGAGGUAAUCAAUCAAUGUUUCUCUCUCUCCCUCUCUCUCUAAAGAAGCAAUGAAAAAAUGUCCUCAGGUCAGGAUUAAAAAAAAAAACAGUUAAAAUGUAUGCAUUCAGUUCUUCAUAGAAUGAUAGCUCCUGUUGUUCAACUAUUUAAUAAUCAGGGUUAUGCAUAUCCAGAGGUGAAAUGAAGACAUUUUUACUUACAAAUGGGUAUUUGCAAAUGUGCUAAGUUAACCUUGAGAGAGAAGUGCCUGUAAUCUCUUCCUGGUCAUUUUAAAGCUUUGCUUCAUGACUUCGUAGCCUUUUAAAAAUUUGCCGCAGCAAAUGUGAUUAACAAAAGUUUACAAAACAACAGUGUAGUUUAUACAUCAUUUUAAAAGUUGCUUAACAUGAAUCUAUUGUAAAAGCAACAACAAUAAACAACAAAAUAAAAGAGCAAAUCAAUGUGGCUUCAUAGGCUUAUCUUAGAUAAACUAGUUCCAUCAUUUCAUGCAGUUCUCAGUAAUGCCAAGAGUAAAAUAUUAAGCAACCCAUUUAAACAGCAGCAAAUGUGUCUGUGUUUGUUACUCUAGUUGUUUAUUGAGUAGCCAUUUCCCUCUCAUACUGUAAUAAACUGAAAGGGGGAUUAAAGCAAUGCUUUUCCCUCCCAUAUGGCUACUCAACUACCUCUAUAUGCUUGAUUUCUCUUUAAUAUUUUCUUUCCUCCAAAUCUGUACAAAGAAAAGUUUCAGCUCAUGUAUGUUGUAAUAACAAUGUGACAUAGACAGUCUCUGUGAAAGCUGUUUGUUCAUUAAAAAUGUUUUCUAUUGUCUCA